GCUCCCUCCAGUCACUUGAAGUGAUGGUGGGCAGUCUUUCCUGAGCUCUACGUUCAUCUUAUUGUACUUCCUCCUCGGCAUCUCACGUAUUGGCUCGACAGCAGUUAAACAGUGUUGACUCAAAAGCUCACCAGAGUCGACAUGGAAGUGAUCUAAGUGGGUGUUUUUUUUCCUUUUCCCUUUUCAUUGUGGUUCUACAUGCGCCGCAGGAGAGACCAAACCGAGCCCUCCUCCUGCCUCUGAUGCACUUGUUGCGCACAGACCUGAUGCGCCACUUGAGUCCUUGAAGAGGCAGGACGCACUGCAACAGGUGCAGUCGCAGCAUCGUCUAAAAAAACAACUGAAAGAAUAAAAACACAACUUUAGAUGCCAAUCUGUUAAUUAUUCGUCACGAAAAACCAGGAUGCCGGUUCUGACGAGCCCAGACAACGCUAAUAAUUUUAAGGAGAAAUGGUUGACGGCGUACCCGGAUGAUCAAGUCAUCGCAUCCGACUCGCCCCCCCUUGAUGACAGCCUCACCAGCCUCCACUGGCUCCAGAAUUUCUCCAUCGUGAACGCAGAUCCUGAGCGCCCCGGUGGGGCCGCGGCACAGGGCUGCUCCUCCUCCUCCUCCUUCCCCUCCUCCCAUCAGCACCUUUUUCUCAAACGCUUUCCCAGAGGGGGCACCGACUCCCCCUCCAGCCCUCCUGCUGGGGACACGGCCGCCACGGGGAUGCCGCUUUACCUCGGCAGCCCGGUCACCUCCGGAAGCGACACUACUCUCGUGCCGCGCUUCUCCAAUUACGCGCAUCUCGGCAGUGCGUUCCAGUCCAUCCCAAUCCAAGCUACCCCCCCAGCGGAGGUUGACUACAAAACAAACCCAAAAGUCAAACCGCCGUAUUCCUACGCCUCGCUCAUCUGCAUGGCCAUGGAAGCCAGCAAGCAGCCCAAAGUGACUUUAUCCACCAUCUACAACUGGAUCACAGAGAAUUUCUGCUACUACAGACACGCGGAGCCCAGCUGGCAGAACUCGAUCCGCCACAACCUGUCCCUGAACAAGUGUUUCAAGAAGGUCCCCAGACAGAAGGACGAGCCUGGCAAAGGAGGUUUCUGGCAGAUCGAUCCUCAGUAUGCCGACAUGUUUGUCAACGGCAUCUUCAAACGCCGGAGGAUGUCUGCAAACAGCUACAACAACAAUAGCGGGGCUGUCCACAGACAGAACAAAUUGGUUCCGAGUGGCCACAGUACCCAUAACAGCUGCCCUUAUCAAAGUGGCAAGGAUAUAGGCAGCAAGCGGAAGAACCACAACAAGGCCAUAAGGGCGACUGAGUCCCCUCUUUUGGCAACGGAGGCCCCAAAAACAGACAUCUUGAGGGGGGAUUUCGACCUGACGUCCAUUUUUGAUGAUGUCCUGAGCGGGAACUGUAGCACCUUUGAGGAUUUGGACCUCAACACGGCGCUGAAUUCGCUGGGCUGCGAGAUGGAGGUUACCAUGCAAGGGAGGCAGCAGUCGGCCGGGUUGGGGCACUGGUGCGGCCCAGGAGACCUCAUGGGACAGAGCCAGCACCUGAAUCCCUCCCAGUCGUCCUACGCUUAUCUGGACAUGAGCGUCGCCUCGGCCGUCAACAUGGCGGAGCUUCACGUGCCGUCGCAGCAUCCGCAACAGCUGGACGGACAAGAUCAGCUCCUACAGAGUCAAAAUCAGCUGCAGAAUUUCGAAGAGGCUUCCUCCCUGUUCCAGGAUCAGCCUGAGGAGGUGGUGUCUUGGGGGGAGCUCAAGGAAGAGGCACAGGCCAUUCCACUGACUCUGGAUCAGAGCUUUGGCCUGUAUGAGGGCUUCUUUAUGGAGAUGCAACCAUGGGAACGGGUCGAAGCCUAUCUGUGAUCAUUGAGUCCCGCUUCCAUUAAUGUCCGAUGAAAGCCUGACUUCCAGUCCAAGGAUCAACCUUUUAUUGUCUUUGUAUUCAAACACAAUAACACCACACAUGUUGACUUUUACUCAGCUCCCCCAAAAGUAGGGAAGAGACUAAUCAACGUUUAGCAGCUAUCUUACGCUAUAUUUGGUACACGAAGCAGCUUUGAUUUCAACGUUGCUAACUGAUGAACCAUGGCGAACGUUUAAAACAGUGAAAUCUUUCAACAAGAUGGACGAAAGACUACAAAGUGCAAAUGGACGGCAGCCAUUUUUUUGGGUGAACUACACGUGAACAAAAGGCAGGAUCCAAUCAAAACGACUGAGCACUGUCAGAAGUGAGAAGACACCAGGAUUCUAUUUUGCUACAUUAGCAUUCAACUGGCUUUUACUUUGGAACUAACAGUACAGUGUAAAACAUCUAAAAUGCCAUCUCCAAUGUCUAUGCUGUGUGGUGAUGAAAGUUGCAGAUAACUUUAAAAUGUAUAGUCUGAAAUAUAGCAUAAAGUCGUUUCUAUAUAUUAAUAAUAUUGCAUAUUCACUGCAGUAUACACCAUAAAACAGGAACGUUUGCCACUCUUCUGUACUGAAAAGGGGUGGUGUAAAAUGGAUCGCCUUGUUUCUCAGUCAAACAUUAUGCACUUUGAUAGGCAGCAGAUCUAGUAGAUGUCUAAUAUUCACGAUGUCAGCGUUUAUUUUUCCCGCUGUUGAUGUUAGGUUUAAUGAUCACAGUACACUAAAAUGAUCACCCGGAAGCUCCAAAAUCGCAUUUCUGAGGAGACGAAAUCAUUUUUAUUGGCAUUUGACGUCAGCACAAUUUGUCUCAGGUGUAAAAAAAAAAAAUCUCUCUGAUAAAUGCGCCAAUUAAUUUGCCCUACUCCUGCGCUGCCAUUUAUCACGUUUGGCGGAUGCAAUCCAGGUUGUGCCUGGUCAGUUCCCACAUCAAUUUGUGUGUGCGAUCAAGUUUCAUCUGGUCGUAAAAUCAGGCUAAGACUAUUGCAAUAAUGCAUCUGGCUUAAAAAAAAUAACACGUAGUUGCUCUCUUUGGUUGUAUAUAAAUGUUAUCUGAACUACAGUUGCAUAUACUUAGCAUUCGUUGACUAUAUUUUGCCAAAUUAUUUUGAUAAAAAAAAUAUGCAGGUCAUUGGUCUUUGUUGAUUCAGAAAUCUUGUCACUGGGUGAUACUGUUUCUUUCUUUUGAUCUUUUUCUAAAUAUAAAUGGGUUUGUCUUUGAAUUAAUCACCUAAUUUUAAACAUGUAUGAGAUUAAUAAUAAUGCUGUUGGACUGAGAGUAGUUAAUAAAACCUCAACUGGAAAAAGGCCAGUUUGAAUUGAUGUAUGGUAUGAAGCGAUUUGGUUUCUUCUUUAUUCUUACAAUGUUGUUUCCUUUGUACUUUUUUAAAAGAGCUGUUUGAACAUGCAACCAUGCUUCGAUGCAAUACAUGGUGUCAAUUAAAGAAAGAAUGAGAAUUCAA